UCUUACUGUCAAAACACAGCCUGUAGAAACAUGAUGGACCUGUUUGAGACCAACACUUAUUUUUUCAACGAUUUACGUUAUCUUGAGGGGGACCAUGAGACCCUGGAUAUGCCUGGUGUGUCCCCACUUUACGAGGGGAACGACAGCCCUUUGUCGCCAGGACAGGACCCUGUCCCGUCGGAAACUGGAUGUGAGAGUAGCGGAGAAGAGCACGUCCUUGCGCCACCAGGGCUUCACCCGCACUGCGAGGGUCAGUGCCUGAUCUGGGCUUGCAAGAUCUGCAAACGAAAGUCGGCACCGACAGACAGGAGAAAAGCAGCCACUCUGAGAGAAAGGAGGCGACUCAAAAAAAUCAACGAGGCGUUUGACGCGUUAAAGAAAAAGACGGUUCCCAAUCCGAACCAGAGGCUACCCAAGGUUGAGAUUUUACGCAGCGCAAUAACCUAUAUUGAGAAAUUGCAGGACCUGUUGCAUACGCUGGACGAGCAAGAUCAAAACUCUGACAGUCGCCCAUAUACAUAUACCAUCAAAGAAAAUCAUGUGGCUCCUAGUGAGUAUAACUGGAAAAAGACCUGCCAAAGUUGGCAGGAGAGCCCAGAUCAUUCCAACUCCAAUAUGGCCAGAGAAGGAGGCGCAAUGGAGUCUUCGGCAUCCAGCAGCCUUCGUCGACUCUCCUCGAUUGUUGACAGUAUUUCCACGGAAGAGACGAAAAUCGACGUACCGACCAGAUCGCAGAAAAGUGAAGCUUAAACACUAUUUCACAUUUCCGACUUUUUAUUUAUUUCCAUGAGUAGUGUAAACGUUUUAUCUGUAACAGGUUACACUUCAAUAACCUUCAUCAAUUAAAUAA